AUGCACCUCGAAACCGAAUCCCCUUCUCGAGGUGGAUACGAAAUCGGUUAUCGUCCAAAAAAGAACCGGGGAAGAUGUGUCGAUCAAGGUCCAGUAUGCAUUGCAAAGUUUUUACCGCACCACUCGUAGCGACUGCAAUCUUGUUGCAUGAGAAGUGAUUUCUUCUGUAACCUGAGUUGUCAGCAUUUACAUUUGGAAAAAUAUAUUUGUCAUGCGAUUUAUGCUACCUGCACGCGGCAACUUUUGCAUUGCAUAUCGAGGAAGAGGCAGACGUGGAACUUUGCGACUUGGCCGAUAUCCACAGCAAAAGUGUCUGGGUCCUCGAGGGGAGCAGCGAGCAUGUUUGUCAUGCCUCUCUUGGAUGUGGAAGACCACGAACACGAAAAGCAUUUUGCUAUUGAUUUCUGUAGCAAACCAAAACAAGCAAGACAGAUGAUGAAUUUCAACCCUUUAUGUUGAUUCUAACGGAGCAUCACAAGUAGAUGAACCUCAGCUCUUCACUAUUCCGGAACCAGACACAUUUGCAAAGUAUAUGCUAUUGCGUUGUGCGAUUGGAAGGAACGACGGGCGUUCUGCACGUACCAGAUAAAUUGGUUUCUACUUGUAUGCUACUUUUCUACCAGAUAAAUUGUAUGCUACUUUUCUACUCUGCACGUACCAGAUAAAUUGGUACCUACUUUUCUACAUCAGUAAAGAAGGUUGCUGAGGUCGUAAUUACUUCGAACUACAGUUUCGUUCCGUACGUACAAACGCAGCACGAUGCUCAUCUUAGAAGAUAUCGCUCCUGCAAGAAGAAAAAUAUAAACCUGACACUUAGGUGCGCGGCUUGCAGAACUGCGUCGUGAAGACGGACAGGAUCCGAGGUAGCUGCUUGCUCCAUGACGUGGAAAAUUCAAUUCUGCUCUUUCCAAACCUGCAACAGCUUCGGAUACACACUUCGAAAAAGACGCUGUUCGCGGUGAAUAUCCACUCUGGGCCGAUCAUCGAAGACUGCACGGAAAUGCUCUUCGCACCUUAUGUCGAAGUUGACGUAAAUAAAAACGACAACUCUGAAGACACUUCGACGACGCACAGUACUACACCGUCUGCAAAAGUGAACAUGUGGUCCGACGUGAAAGAUUUCAAGUGGCUCCGCAGAGAAAAAAGUCCAAACUGGGAACUGCUGAACCAGCAAGAACAAGUCGCGGGAGGUUCUUCUUCCGGUACUACUUCCAUUGCCGCACCGCUGCUGGGGCUUGUCAAGCUUUUCUCAGCAUCCGCUUCAUAUUACACCUGCUCAAAACCUGCAACGACAACGGAGGACCAAAAAGUUCUUCAUAAAAUACUACCAAAACCAGCCCUGGAAGAGUACUUUGCAAAACUUCCGGAGUGGAAACAAGCUCAGCAAGUACUAGCGGCCUCGAGUACUGCUACCAACGCCAAGCCUGUGGAAAUAACGAAGCCGCCACUUGGUGUUCCGAGCGUUACAUCAGGAGCGGCCGGGGGAGUACUAUCCUCGGCAAAAGUAUCACGACGCACACUGGUAGGAAAAAUAAAAAUUGAACCCAUGACCAUGCAUGACAGAUGAUCUACAACUUUUGUACAAUCAUGCUGCGCAAACUUGGAGUGCCAUUUCCGCCACGCAUAGCGUAAUACUUUUGCCAUGGAUAGCGAGACGCAAGCAACGCCGACGCACUUGACGAUGAUGACGAGAUCUGAGUCCGCACAUCACGACGACAAAACUCACUACAUGUAGUUGUUUGAACAUAAUGUUGUGUUGUAGUAAAAGAAACAUCUUUACUGGUUAGUACUCUGCUGUCUGAGACAUAUCAAAUCACUAGAAGUUGUUCGCCUGAAAAGGCGAUAAAGGCACGAGCAGGAGCACACAAAGAAUUCGGGAGCGUAACCAAGAGACCAAGAUGGGGGAAGAAGUUUUGAACGUCGUGAUUGUGUCGGUCAACAUGAAUAUUGGUAAUUUCGAUCGGUUCAUCACCAAUUACUCAAACGAGAGUAGCCGUGCUUCAUCUUUGAAAUAAAUGACGAAAAAUUAUGAGAAAACUCACUCACGCCAAUGGAAAAAAAACUGGAGGCAGCAGUAUUAACAGUAUGAUCAUAGAUCACGACAGUCGGCCGCGAUCCGAGAACUGAAAAAUUCAGGUCGGUCGAAUAGUAACUUGGUUUGAUGCAUUUUUCUGACGGUCCUCUCGGUCAGAGCUUCGCACGACGGGAUCUGGAAUUACGUUUGAUUGAGAAACCCUUCGUAAAAAGACCUCCCCAGGAAAAGAGAGAAAGACCCCUCUCUGUUGUUAUUAUCAUGGAUUAGUCGAGUACAAAGCUCUCCCCCUUCUUGUCGUAACCAGGACCUGCUUUAUUUUUUCCUAGAAUGAAACUGAAAGACAAAGGAUGUGAUGAAAGCAACAAGUGCACGAGCCGUUCUGGUCUUUUGGAGAACAAAAUGUAGUUUUCCUUUCACACCAAUGACCUGCUCUUGCUGCUGACUCCAGAAGCCCGUAGUUCUCAAUUUAGAACACCCCCUAUGCUUCCUUGUAUGAUGUUGGCUUAUCCUAGUAUACAUGAAGAUGUACUACAGUGGAAUUAUUAGCAGUGCAACUACAUCGGAAGCGUCAACACACUACUUGACGUUUUGAAGUUAAUAACAAACGGAGCCGCUGCACCAGUACUCCACCACGAGACCACUACUAAAGAACAGAACUUGACCUCUUAAACGAAAACAAGAAUAGCGGAAGCAUUUAGAAGAU